AUGCAUAGUAAUUACUAUGAUGUCCUGGGCGUGGCGGCCGACGCUACCCCAGAUGUAAUAAGGAAACAGUUCCGCCGUCUUGCCCUUGUCACACACCCGGACAAGAAUCCGGAUGACGUCAAGGCGGCCACUGUAAGGUUCCAGCUGCUCCAACGAGCUGUGGACACUCUGUCGGACCCCGAAAAGCGGGCAAGGUAUGACGCCAAGCACGGGAGGCGCCAACGCCAGUCCCGGCAGGCGCGGAAGGACAAGGCCAAGGCCUCCUCCUCCUCCUCCUCCUCCUCCUCCUCCUCCUCCUCUUCUUCCUCCUCCUCACACUCUUCUUCUUCCUCCUCUUCACACUCUUCUUCUUCUUCUUCUAAAUCUUCCCGCAAGUUUUCCUUCUCUGCCUCUCCAACCUAUACUUUCACUUACAAAACUACAGGAGCAGAGGAGGUCUCGGCCAAGGAAAGCAAAGCAAGAAAGCGAAGGCGACAGAGGCAGAAACAGCAGGAGCAGCGGAACUGA